AUGCCCUUUCGCUCCUCAUUCCCGGACGUCCACGUCCAGUCUACGAACAUCCUCUCCUAUCUCUUCCCCCCACGCACGGCACAAGAAGAAGACACAGCACUAUGGAUAGACGCAAAAGACCCAUCCAAAUACAUUUCCUCUCGACAAGCUCUGACACUGAUACGUCGCUUCGCAGCGGGACUUGAUAGGAUGGGAAUCCCCCAGGACAGCGCCAUCAUGGUCGUUGCGCCGAACAACAUCUUCGUACCGAUUGUGUAUCUCACCGCUGCUGGGUCGGGGCGAUUCUUUACAGCUGCCAAUCCGGGCUAUACGGUCGGCGAGUUGGUACACCAGAUGAAGACGAUCCGGGCUGCUGUUGUUCUGGCGGAUCCUUCAGCUUUGGAGAAAGUAGGCGAGGCGGCGCGUGUAGCAGGCAUUCCGCGGGAAAAAAUCUUCGAAUUCUCCGAUGCGCCUGGAACUGGAGCAGGAAGCUUUCAGAAUUGGCGUUCAGUCUGGGUCACGGAGCAAGUAGGUGCUCAGUGGCAAUGGGACCCCAUGUGUGGAGGCGGUGCAGAGAAGAGGAUUGCGGUGGUCAACUUCUCGUCUGGUACCACGGGCCUACCCAAAGGGGUCUGCAUCACACACGCACAGAUCUGUGCGAAUGCAGCGCAGGUCAUUCACACGAGGAUGGCGGACACGGGGCAGAGUGUCAACGAGAGAGCGAGAGCGGAAGCGGAUCGAUGGCUCGCGUUCUUGCCGUGGUAUCACGCGUAUGCUCAGCUCUUCACGCUCGUGAUGGCGUGCAAGCUCCGACAGGCGGUGUAUACGAUGGGGCACUUCGAACUGGAGGCAUACAUCGAGUACAUUGGCAAGUAUCGCAUCACGGCGUUGCAAGUGGUGCCACCGGUGCUGGUCAUGUUGAACAAGAGAGCCGGGAUUGAGGAAUGCGAUGUGAAGAGUGUCGAGUACGUCAUGAGCGCGGCGGCGCCAUUGAAGAGGGAGCUGCAGAACGAGAUCAGUAGGAAGCUGGGGAGCAUGAUCGCGCAGUCGUGGGGCAUGACGGAGACGACGUGUACGGGAUUGAUGUACCGCGGGCGGGAGGAGGACGGGAGUGGCAGUGUGGGGCAGCUGCUGCCCAACACGGAGGCGAUGCUGGUGGACGAGGCGGGGCGCGAGGUGGAUGUGGAUCAUGCUGUGGGCGAGGUGGAUGUGGAUCAUGCUGUGGGCGAGGCGGGCGAGCUGUGGGUGCGCGGGCCUCAGAUGAUGCUGCGCUACUGGGAGAAUGAGGCGGCGACGCGGGAGACCGUGACCGCCGACGGGUGGCUGAAGACCGGCGACGUGGCGCAGCACAGAGCGGGCCGAUUCUGGAUCGUGGACCGGAGGAAGGAACUCAUCAAGGUCCGCGGCUUCCAGGUCGCACCUGCCGAGCUCGAGGCCCUCCUCCUCGACCACCCGGCGGUUGCCGAUUGUGCCGUCGUGGGCCUGGCGGCGCGAGACGACUCGGAAGAACUCCCCCGCGCCUAUGUCGCCCUGCAGGAGGAGGCUGCGACGCAUCCCGAGCAGGCCAUCCGCGCCAUCGACCAGUACUUCGGCGAGAGAGUGGCUCGGCACAAGAGAUUGACGGGAGGCAUCGCCGUCGUGGAGAGCAUCCCGCGCCUGCUGAGCGGCAAGAUCCAGCGAAAGGUCGUCAAGGAGUGGGCCAAGAGAGCCCGAGACGCAAAGGCUGUCGCACAAGCAAAGCUGUAA